AGUUAAACAGCUACCACGAAACGCAAUCAGAGGGGAAAGAAAGGCGGAGACGACACCACGCGAAAAACAACCAACUGAAAGAAUUCAUGGCCAUGGCGAUGAAGAUGAAGACAGCAGCUACCACUGCUUGCAAUUCCCUUGCCCGGAAAAGCAAAUAUGUGCAGAAACCGUCGAGUCUCCCGACGCCUCACAUUCUCAGAGCCGCAUUUCACCGCUCCUCUGUUUCCGGCGGCCAUGUCGACGGAUUCCCUUCACAAUCCGUAUUGCAAGCUGCCGGACGGGGAGGUGGGCUUCGUGCGGUGCAUAGGGCAACGCCAACAAUGGAGCCUGUAACAUCUAAUGAGAAGGGGAGAGGAGAGGAAGAGACUUCUCCUGAGAAUUGGAAAAUUAAGAUGCUUUACGAUGGAGACUGCCCACUUUGCAUGCGUGAGGUGGAUAUGCUAAGAGAGAGGAAUAAAAGUUAUGGGACGAUCAAGUUCGUGGACAUAAGCUCGGAUGAGUAUUCUGCUGAAGACAACCAAGGCCUUGACUACGAGACUGCAAUGGGAAGAAUUCAUGCGAUCAUGGCCGAUGGAACAGUGGUUACAGAUGUUGAAGCAUUCAGAAGAUUAUAUGAGCAAGUUGGUCUAGGAUGGGUUUAUGCAAUUACCAAGUUUGAGCCUAUUGGGAAGUUGGCUGAUGCUGUGUAUGCCUUUUGGGCUAAAUACCGACUUCAAGUUACAGGCCGGCCUCCAUUAGAACAAGUCUUAGAGGCUCGCAAGAAGAAGACGUGUGCUCUAUGUGUUGAUUUCAGGGUGAAGUAUGCAAAACCAGUGAUGCCUGUAAGCUGUGAACCCCCUCCACAGCUAUCCGUGAUCAUCUCAAGACUCAGUUGCUCAUAUACAAACAUCUCUAUCUCUAGAUACUAGUAUACAGUUUUACCUUUUUCAUCAAAAGAGGAUGUACCUUGGAUAUAAUGACCUUUAAUAUUUGUUUUACUGUAUCGGCUAUGAUACUCGGGGUAAUUCUUGCUGUCAAAAUAUACCUGUGUUUAGCUUUCAGACUUUCUAUGUAAAUAUUGCUUACUAUUACUACUAUCAGUGCCCUAUUUAUGUCAUAAAUGCACCAAGAAGAUUAUGCUUU